AAGUGGAGUUCCUGUAAAUGGUAUCCGAAGGGCAAAGCCCAAAGCCUGCCUUACAUCAGCAUCUCUCCGCAGGUCCCUCUGGAAGUGUAAGCUGGGCUGGCGGCCUGGGCUGUACCUACAGGAAUGCAGUCGGUUCUGCCUCCAGAAUGGAUGCGCACGUGGGCCCUUUGAUGCCAACGCAAGUCACCAGGGUAACUGCUGUGUCUGCACCGGCGGUGACGUUCAUGGCAACCAGUUUGGUGGAUCAGACCCUAACAAAUAACGGCAAAGAAUCAAGUAGAUCCUCCUGCCCACCGACCUUGAUUUUGCGUACGGAGAGGAAGAGUGCCCCCGUGGAGAGCGAUGGCGAUAAGGAUCAUUCUUUUAAACUAGUAAAUGAGGAUGACAGCACGUCAAACGGCAACAAGCCCGUGGCAUCCACUCCAGUGCCAGGAUCACCAUGGUGUGUAGUCUGGACUGGAGAUGACCGGGUCUUCUUCUUCAACCCUACAAUGCAGCUGUCAGUCUGGGAGAAGCCGGUGGACCUGAAGCACCGCGGCGACAUAAACCGAAUCAUCGAGGAUCCUCCUCACAAGCGCAAGCUGGAAGCUGCAGCAACAGAUAAAUGUGUUAGUUCUUGUCCCAGGGAUGAAAAUGAUGAUCUUAGCAUCAAAACUAAGAGAAAUAAAACAGAAGAUUCCCAGGCUGCUGACCAGGGGAAGGCUGAAACGGAGGAGAAAGAUGAGGAAACAUCAGCACCUCAGGUCACGCCUCCCCUAGAAGAGCGCAUCACUCAUUUCCGAGAUAUGCUUCUGGAGAGAGGGGUUUCAGCCUUUUCUACAUGGGAAAAAGAGUUACACAAAAUAGUUUUUGAUCCACGCUACCUUCUACUAAAUUCCGAAGAACGUAAACAGAUAUUUGAACAGUUUGUCAAGACCAGGAUCAGAGAAGAGUACAAAGAAAAGAAAAACAAAUUGUUGUUAGCCAAAGAAGAAUUUAAAAAGCUCCUUGAAGAAUCCAAGUUAUCACCAAGAACAACGUUUAAAGAAUUUGCAGAGAAAUAUGGACGAGAUCAGCGGUUUCGCCUGGUUCAGAAGAAGAAGGACCAAGAGCAUUUUUUCAAUCAGUUCAUACUUAUUCUUAAAAAGAGGGACAAAGAAAACAGGAUAAGGCUACGGAAAAUGAGAUAAAAGCUCCUGAAACUGGCAAUAAGUACACGCGUCCGUGCUGUGGCUGCAGUAAGAAAUUCAAAUUAAGG